AUGACCCACGACGACUACCCCUCCACCAAUCAGGUUCCGAUUGCACCUGGGCAUAGCACUGACCGGAACUCAGUUCCUCCUCUCCCUAUGCCUGCUCUGCAAUCGAACGCCCUAGCAGAGUCCCCCGUCUGGCUCCAAUUCUUAGACCAGGCUGUCGCCCUGUCUGGAGAUGACCAAAACACCAUGGCUGGAGUCGGCGACUUCAACUACGCUCAGGAUUUCAGCGGCUUGAACCUCAAUGGAUCCAUUCCCACUGAACACCCUGGCGCCACGGGACAGAUGGGAGACUUCGCUCAAGACUUCGCAACAGGCAUGCCUUCCACCCACCCGAAUGUCAUGGAGAAGCUCGACAAUACUCCCAUCAACAACCCAGUCUCAUCACUCCGGGGCAUUGAUGGCAACGAGUCCUCUCCAAGCUUUGACGGAGGAGGUCCUUCCACACAGUCAAGUGCCAGUACGCCUUCAAGCAAUACUGGUUGGACCAAGGAGCAGGACAAACUUCUCAUGAGUCUCAAAGCUCAAGGUCUUGGAUACUCGGCUAUUCAAGAUGAAAUGACAAAGCAAUUUGGGUCGACUAGGAACAAGAAUGUGUUGGUGAAGCGCUUCGCGGUGUUGAAGAAGCGCUGCAAACCGCAGAUCAAAAGUCGGAUUGUUCGAGAUAUAUCUAAAAAGAUUACUCCCGAAAUCAUCAAGGCUGUGGGAAAAGAACUCGAGAAGGUCACCUCGUCUGGUAGCAAUAGUAUUGCGACAGAGCUUGAGGACUUGGUCCCAUUAAGGCUCCCGGAGUUUCUGGAACGGCUAGUCGCAGAUGUCGGUGUCUCGCUUCAUCAGAUAGUUGAGGAUGACAAAAGACGAUCAUCAGCUUGA